UUUGAUAAUGAUAUUCAUAUUAAAAUAACCAUAACUCUCUUAGCAAUAUGUAGGCUGAAACCGAAAGUCAUCAGAGUAUGCACGGGAGCAGAACUGAAGAGGAUGUGUCCUCCGAAACACUGCGAAUGCGCUCCAAAGGUGAGAAGACCAUCCAGAGGGGUAUUUGGCAUUUUUGGUUUCGGUUUGAAAGCCGCACUCGCUGCAGCAGCCAUAUACGUCACAUACGACUUGGGAAUAUGGGGUUCCAUGGAAGAUACCCAAAAUUUGUACAGAACCUACUGCACCAUGACCAAGGAACCAGCUAAGAAAAAAAUGGGAAAAUGGGAUCCGCCGUCAUGUGAAGCUGAGCGAGAUCUUCUGAGGAUUCCAAGUUUCAAACCGUAUGGACAAUGUGACGAUCCACCUUUUGACCAUGAGAGGAGUGCCUACAAUUUCCAAAAUACCUGGAACUGUGCUAUCGAGUGCAUCUUCGCUGGAAUUGUUAGAUUUCCGUACAAUAUAAUCGAUAAAUUUCAAGGUAAAGAAACAACAAAAGUGGUGGAAGAAGAACAGCAACUGUGUAUUCCUUUUGAUGAAUUAUCAGAUGACGAGAAGAUUAUCAAUAAAUAUAAAUAGUUCUGUUGAAGAGUUGGAAAAUUACAUGAAAUAUCU